CACCUCCACCUCCUCGCUCGGUCCUCUGAUCCCACCCAGCCUGCCAGCCAUGGAUUCUGACUCCUGCGCUUCCCCGCCGCCCCCCGAGGAUUUUUCUCCCGGAUCCAAACGAUGCCGCACGGUGGAGGACUUCAACAAGUUUUGCACAUUCGUCUUGGCCUACGCGGGGUACAUCCCCUACCCGCAAGAGGACCCUUCUGUGCGGAACGCCCCUAGCCCCCCCAACAGCACCGGGGGCACCAUCGACAGCGACAGUGGGGAUGUGGGUGAAGCGAGGCUCCCCUCCGCCCUCUCCUUGCCAGGGAAAGCACAGAAGAGCUUCAGCCAGCUGACACAUUGGAAAGCUUACACCUCCCUCUACCAGUGGGCAAAGCCCCAGGGCUUCCUGUUGGGCAGGAAGAAAAUGGGGCUCAGGAGGAAGAGGAAGCUGAAGCGGAGGGAGGUGCUGGCGCCUCCACCCCCAGAAGAGGAAGACAGCCGGGAGCUGCUGGGAGGGGAGGAGUCCUAUGCGCAGGCGCCCACGAGCCCCUCUUCGGAAGGCGAUGCCCACUCCUCCACGGGGCACUGCUCAGCAUGGGACUCUGACUCGCUCUCCAGUGCUUCGUGCCUGCCAGCAGCCCCACCAGAGGCUCCGCGCCUGGUUCAGACGGUGGGCAAGCGCACCAUCAUCCGGCAAGGGAAGCAGGUGGUGUUCCGCGAUGAGGACGGCAGUGCAGAUGACGAGGACAUCAUGGUGGAUUCAGAUGAUGAUUCCUGGGACCUUGUGACCUGUUUCUGCAUGAAACCCUUUGCCGGGCGCCCCAUGAUCGAGUGCAACGAAUGCCACACCUGGAUCCACCUUUCCUGCGCAAAGAUCCGCAAGUCCAACGUCCCAGAAAUCUACGUCUGCCAGAAGUGUCGGGACUCCAAGUUCAACAUCCGCCGCUCCAGCCGCUCCCGGAUGGGGUCGCGCCGGCACUUCCUGGAUUAGCCGGGUGGGAUUUCCCCUUAACGAGUUUGACACAAGCGGACUUGUCAUGUGAAACACGAGACUCUGGUUGGUGGGGGACAAACCCAGCCACAAGCAGGGAACAUCCUCUCUGUGGUGAAGGGAAGCGUCUCGAGGCACCCUCAAUGGCCUAAAUCGCCACUUGAGAAGGACCCGAUUCCGUG